UCAUUCGAACAGCAUUACACAACAUGGAUAGAGAAGCCAGAGAGCAUUACUCAGUGGUCAUCCAAGCCAAAGACAUGGCUGGGCAAGUUGGCGGACUCUCGGGAUCCACAACUGUCAAUAUUACCUUGACCGACGUCAAUGACAACCCUCCACGGUUCCCACAGAAACACUACCAGCUAUAUGUUCCUGAGUCUGCUCAAGUUGGUUCAGCUGUUGGGAAAAUCAAGGCAAAUGAUGCAGACACAGGCUCAAAUGCAGAGAUGACUUACUCCAUCACUAAUGGAGACGGGAUCGGAGUAUUCUCUAUCUCCACUGACAAGGAUACCAGAGAAGGAAUACUUUCCUUAAAGAAGCCACUGAACUAUGAGAAAAAGAAGUCCUACACACUCAAUAUUGAAGGAGCAAAUACACAUCUGGAUUUCCGCUUCUCUCACUUGGGUCCAUUUAAGGAUGCUACUAUGCUGAAGAUCAUUGUUGGAGAUGUAGAUGAACCACCACUCUUUUCUAUGCCUUCCUAUGUCAUGGAAGUCUAUGAAAAUGCCAAGAUUGGGACAACUGUUGGCACUGUCUUGGCACAAGAUCCAGACAGUGCUAACAGCUUAGUAAGGUAUUUCAUCAACCACAGUACUGAAGAGGAGAGAUUUUUCAAUAUUGAUGCAAAUACUGGAACCAUUAAGACGUCAAAAGUACUGGAUAGAGAAGAAACACCAUGGUACAAUAUCACAGUGACUGCUUCAGAAAUCGACAAUCCUGAUUUGCUGAGCCAUGUCUCCGUGGGUAUUAGAGUUCUGGAUGUCAAUGACAAUCCGCCUGAACUUGCCAGGGAAUAUGAUAUUGUUGUCUGUGAGAAUGCUAAGCCUGGUGAGGUUAUCCACACCAUCACUGCCACUGAUAAAGAUGACUUCGCCAAUGGACCAAGAUUUAAUUUUUUUCUUGAUGAACGCCUGCCCAUGAACCCAAAUUUCACACUUAAGGACAAUGAAGGUGAACAUCAAUAUGUCUUCUUGAUCUAUGUGUUUCUUGUUUUGACUGAGAGAGCACAAGCAUGA